CACUUCCUAGUCAUCGGCUUCCCCGCAGCACGCUGUGUCCUCGGCCUCUGCCUCAGACAAGGGAACACAGCAAGGAUGGCGAUUUCCAUGCUGGAGUGGCUGCUGGUUUCUGCGCUGGCUGCCUGUAUGGUCCUCUUGCUGCUGAAGAGCACGGCUCAGCCUUACCCAGCCACCCUGCCCUGUCUGCCAUCCCUGCCCAUCGUGGGCAGCCUGCUGAGCCUGAAGACCAGCCUCCCCCUCCAUCUGCAGUUCACCUCUCUGAGGGAGAAGUACGGAGAGCUGUUCGCCCUGUACGUGGGGCCGCACUACACCGUGGUCGUCAACAGCUUCACGCUCGCCAAGGAGGUCCUGCUGCACAAUGGCAAGGCAUUCGCAGGGAGACCCCAUAUGAUGACGACAGAUCUGCUCAGCCGAGGGGGGAAGGACAUUGCCUUCGCUGAUUACAGCCCUCUCUGGAAGGCCCACCGCAGGCUCGUACACUCCUCCUUUGUGGCAUCUGGAGAAGGCAGCAGCAAACUGCAAGGCAUAGUGUGUGAGGAGGCCUCCAUCCUGUGCUCCAUCCUAUCAGCAAAAGCAGGGGAGCCCCUGGACCCCGGGCCAGUGCUGACCAGAGCUGUCACCAAUGUGGUGUGCACCCUUGUCUUCAGCUCCAAGUACCAUCCUGAAGACGCAGAGUUCAACACGGUGAUGGAGUACAACAACGGCAUAGUGCACACCAUUGCACGAGGAAACCUAGUGGACAUAUUUCCCUGGCUAAAGAUUUUUCCAAACAGGGAUCUCAAGCAGCUGAAGGAAUGCAUUCAAGUGAGAGAUAAGCUUUUGACAAACAAGCUGGAGGAGCACAAGAAGAGCUACAGCCCUGACGACACUAGAGACCUGAUGGAUGUUCUGCUGAAAGGCCGGAAUGGACCGGGAGCAGAGUCUGGCAUCACCGAUGACCACGUUCUCAUGACCGCUGCGGAGGCUUUUGGGGCUGGAGUGGAAACAACAUCUACCACCCUGCUCUGGGCUCUUGCUUUCCUCAUACACUACCCCGAGGUUCAGAAAAAGAUCCAUCAGGAGAUUGAUGAGAAAAUUGGGCACGACCGUACACCCAAUCUCUCUGACCGUGGGCAGCUUCCGUACCUGGAGAGCACCCUCUCUGAAGUUCUCCGAAUCAGGCCCGUUGCUCCCUUGCUAAUUCCUCAUGUGGCCCUGCAGGACACUAGCAUUGGAGAGCACUUCAUCCCUAAAGACACCCGUGUGGUCGUGAACAUGUGGUCCAUUCACCAUGACCCCAGGCAAUGGGACGAGCCUGAAAGAUUCCGGCCAGAGCGCUUCCUGGACAGCCAGGGCCAGCGGUCCUCUCCCGCCAGCUUCAUCCCCUUCGGCGCCGGGCCGCGCGUGUGCGUGGGCGAGUCCCUGGCCAAGAUGGAGCUCUUCCUGUUCUCCAGCUGGCUGCUGCAGCGCUUCUCCGUCAGCGGCCCCCCAGGAGCCGGGCUGCCCGACCUCGGGGGCCGAUACGGCGUGGUCCUGCAGCCCCAGCCCUACUCCGUGGUGAUCACGCCAAGGCAGGGACGUGCCAAGUGAUGGAAGACUUGCCUCCCCACAGUGCCGAUGGGACUGACACGCGACAAUCCCAUUUUCCUACUGUAUGUUGGGCUCAGGCAAUACAAAGCUUCACGCAAAUGUGCAGGAAGAGCACUGCAGUACAGCCUCCACGUCAGUCUGUUACUUCCAAUAUUCCUGCCAGAUGAACAGCAAUAAAAAAUGAGAAUACCCAUUUUUAA